UUCAAUCAACAAACACUUCAAUCUCUUCUGCGGCAUGAAGUACUUAUUCGUUCUCAUCGUUCUUGGACUCAAUGCGAUCGACGGCUACGAUUGCAAGAUCGUCCAGUUUAUAUUUGGAGAUUCCUUGUCUGAUGUAGGUAACAAUAGGAACCUACCAAGGAGUUUAGCGCAAGCUAAUCUGCCCUUUUACGGUAUUGACUUUGGCAAUGGUUUGCCUAAUGGAAGGUUCACUAAUGGCCGAACUGUUUCAGACAUUAUAAGUGAUAAAAUUGGGUUACCAAGACCAGUAGCCUUUCUGGACCCAUCAAUGAAUGAAGAUGUGAUACUUGCAAAUGGAGUGAACUAUGCUUCAGGAGGUGGUGGAAUCUUGAAUGAAACUGGUGGUUAUUUCAUCCAAAAAUUUUCUCUAUGGAAGCAAAUAGAACUGUUCCAAGGGACACGAGAUGUAAUUGUGGCAAAGAUAGGGAAAAAAGAAGCUGAUAAAUUCUUCCAACAAGCUGGAUACGUCGUCUCUUUAGGAAGCAAUGACUUCAUUAACAACUACUUGAUGCCUCUCUAUAGCGAUUCUUGGAAGUACACUGAUCAAACAUUCGUCGACUACAUAAUGGAAACGCUCGAAUCUCAACUCAGAGUGUUGCAUAGUUUGGGAGCGAGGAAGCUAAUGGUGUUUGGAUUAGGACCAAUGGGUUGCAUCCCACUCCAAAGAGCUUUAAGUCUUGAUGGUAAAUGUCAAAACAAAGCGAGUAGUCUUGCUGUGAGAUUCAAUAAAGCUGCCACCACAAUGCUUAAAGAUCUCGAAACCAAGAUCCCAAAUGCAAGCUACAAGUUUGUUGAAGCCUAUGACCUCAUCAACGACGUCAUCACUAACCCACAAAAAUACGGAUUCGACAACUCGGAUUCGCCCUGUUGCUCGUUCUACAGAAUCAGGCCGGCGCUCACGUGUAUUCCGGCGUCGACAUUGUGCAAAGACAGAAGUAAGUAUGUGUUUUGGGACGAGUACCACCCCACCGAUAAGGCCAACGAGCUCGUUGCUAAUAUUCUCAUCAAGAGGUUUGACUUCAUGCGUGACGAUGACGGUACCUCCGAUGCUCCUUCUCCGUCGCCGUAUCUUGCUCCUUCUCCGUCGCCGGAUCUUGCUCCUUCUCCCGACGAUAACUAGCUGAUCCAUGUCUUAAUUGUGUAUAUGUAAUGAUUUCCUGUUUCUGUAUAUUUUGUUGAUCAUGUUGUGGAGAGUCUCGUUUGUCCUUGAAUAAUGUUUUGUUUGGUGAAAUAGUAUGUUUUAUUUUGUGUAACAUGUUCAUAUUCUGUUGUAUCGGUUCGUUCCAAAUAGUAAAGGUAUGAUCAUGUAUCAUGUUUUAGAUCUUGA